AUGCCUUCGUCUCAACCCAUCCAGCGGAAUCAAGUCGCCGACAGCGAUGGCAAGGCACAGCACCACCGUCUCAACGCUGCAGACAACGCCGGCCAGCUUCCCCGUCGUGAGCGUGGUCUCAUCAAACCCGGCACCGUCAAGAUUACGACUACUCAGUCUAAGGAGGUCAAGCGGAGCCUCCUGACCAGCGCGGAUCGGAUCGCAAAAUUCCUCAACGACGGCCCUGAGCUGAGUCGAAGCGACGACGACGACGACGGCAGCCAAUGUUCCCUCUCCCACGAGCUACACAAGCCAGGCGACUCGUACAAGGAGGCAGCACAACGCGACCAGAGCCUCGUGUUCCACAAGGCCAGCGGGCUCGUGUACAAGAAAAAGAGUGUGCCGCGCGAGACUCCCGCUGAGGCUUUCAUGCUCCCCGAACACACGCUCCUGCCGAGGCAGCACCUCACUACAUCCUCACCGUCCAAGACCAGCGACGCCACAGGCCCGGCAACUGAGCACAACAAGACUUCGGCUGCACACGUCGUGGCUGCUCAGCCUCUCCACAAGGACAGCGGCUGCCAGCUCGGUUCCUCCACUGCAGCAGAUGCAGUUCGGCAGGGCACCGCGACCGCUCCCGACUCUGUCGCACCUCGCAGCGGCCAACAUGAAGACGAAGACGGCGACUGGGUCGACAUUCAGCCUCUGUCCCGUGAACACUUCAACUACGUUCACCUGACCGAUGCCAAGGCGAAGGGCAAGGCCAACACGGCCCCGGCCACGGCCACUGCCGCGAUGGGCGACCUGCUGUUGCCGGCGUGCGAGUUCAUUGUCUCGCUCAGGCGCCAGAACCAUCCAGGCGUUGACCAGGCAGACUUUCUGGAGCUGGCCCGCGAGAUGGUUGCAGCCUCCCUGAGCGGAGACCAGGCUGGCGUCGAGGCAGGAGAGGCUGCCCUCCGCGGAUUGUUGCGCUCGACCUAA